AUGACAGGCACUACCAAGGUCGCAGUGGUUUUUGCCAUUGUUCUUGUUUUUCUGCAGGCGACAUGCUCCGUUUCUGGGCGGCCCACUGUUAGGGAAGGCAAGUUUGAACUUCGACAGAACGUCCCGGCGACGAUGACGGUGAACGGCUUCCAGCAAGGUGAGCCGGGCGGCGGGCCGGCGUCGUGCGAUGGUCAGUUCCACAGCGACGACGACUUCGUGGUGUCGCUGUCGUCGGAGUGGUACGCCGACGGGGCCCGGUGCGGCAAGUUGAUCCGCAUCGCCGACGACGCCAACCUUCACAUAAGCGCCAGGGUCGUCGACGAGUGCGCCGGCUGCGACAACGAGGUCGGCGCGUCGAUACAUAUCUGGAAGAACUUCAAUCUAGACCCAGUGUCGGCCAGCGUUGGUACUCUUUGCCCGGCCGUCUUCGGAGCAGAGUAG